GCCAUGCGCGAAGACGUUAAAUAUUUGCAGACGGAGUUGGACUGUCGGAAAUAAAUAAAUUGGCACUUCUGGGCCUCUGCUGCUUAAGAAUUUCUACUUGGGUCGUUACUGGUUCUAUAAGUUACGGGUAUUGUAAGGCGCAUGUCUGAAAUGGACGAUGCAGUGGGAUCAGUGGAGUGAGGCCUCUUUAGACCUCUUGGAUAUAAAGGUUUUUCACGGAUCACAGUUUCAGUUCUGUAUGUUAACUGAAAUUUGUGCGCAUCGACAAGUAUCUCAUCUAGAGUGUAUCUCUUGAAACUUGUAUAAAACGAAAUGUCGAUCAAUGCUGCAAAAGCAUUCCUAUACCAAGGGAAAACGGCUUUGCUUAUUUGUGAUGUUCAGGAGAAAUUUGUUAAAGCUAUUUUUGAGUUUGAUAAGAUUGUCCACAACUCUACGAAAUUGAUAAAUGCAUUUAAACUCUUGGAAGUGCCUACGCUUGUUAGUGAACAAAAUCCUAAAGCCCUUGGAAAAACUAUUCCACAGUUUGAUAUUAGUGGUGCUAAAGGGCCCUUUGCAAAAAUGACAUUUAGUAUGUACACACCUGAGAUAUCUAAAGAAAUAUCCACAUUGUGCAAUGGCAGUCCUCCUGAGGCUAUUGUACUUAUUGGAGUGGAAACUCAUGUUUGUGUUGAGAACACUGCAAUUGAUUUAAGACGGCAUGGAUUCGAAGUACAUACAGUAGCAGAUUGUUGUUCCUCGCGUACUCAAGAAGAUAGACUACUUGCAUUAGAGAGAAUGAAGCAAAUUGGAUGCCAUAUAUCUACUUCGGAAAAUGUAAUUUUUAAACUAAUGGCGCAUGCUAAGCAUGAACAGUUUAAGAAGAUACAGGCUCUCGUCAAAACUCCUUCACAAUAUACUGGCCUGGUUGCAAUUUCAAAAAUAUAAUUUUUGUAUAUAUUGUUACAUAUGGUUUUGUUAAUACUGCAUUGAUAAAGAAUUUUUUUGAAAAUAAAGUUGUUACUAUAAACGA